AAUGUGCACAAGUUUGUGCGAGCACAAGGCUGGUCUGGAAAUUUACGGUGCUCGUAAUGAUUUGACGAGUACUUUCCUCAACUGUCUAGUAGUUGUUUUCUGUUGUUCGGGGUGCGGACCCGGAGCAAGCUAUCGACGACGAUGCAUCGGAAGAGACUGUCACCUAUAAGUCAUUGGUCGAUACCGUACAAGGGGUUCUGAAUCCUCUGAUAGCGAAAGCGUACCCGGUCGUUUCUGAUGUCGUCACGAGUCCGGAGUUGUCUUCAAUGUGUUCGAGUCGCCUUUUAACCCUGCUGAUCGGUGCGCGGAACAAUCAAGUCUGGGCGUUCAGGAUAAUGGCUGCAAACGGAUACGUCACCCCCAACGUAUUCGAGGGGUCUCUGGGCGCAAUGGGCGGUUACUCCCAGUGCGUGAAGACGCGAAAUCUCGAUGGAAACUUACGAGGCUCGUACUGUACGACUUAUCUCACGCUGCCUCGUCACCUAAUCGCCGAAUUGGAGGGAGAUUUCCAGAAGUACGGCUACAUGUUGGGACGUCGUCGGCUAGAUGCUUUGGACAAAGCCCCGGUCUGGGGCUAUACGGGACUGCGUAUGGGACUCUGUUUCCUAGACGGUUGCACUGAGGACGAGCUCACAUACGUUCUCCGGAGCCUCCUCGGAGAUUUUGGUUUGAACGCCACAGUCGUAAGCUGUGAGACGGGCGAAGCGCGACCUUGGCUCUGGAGACAUACUCUGAUAACAGUUUUCGGAGUGGUAUCUUCCCUGCUGGUGUUCACGGGCACGGCGGCUGAUUACAAACGCUUGAAAAAACCUGCCGAACUCCCUGUGACGAAGGCCACAGAUGCACCCGAAAAGAGAAUCCUGCCGUCACCUGCUCCUCGUCCGAGCCGGAUAACCGAAUUCCUGUUGUGUUUUUCCCUAAUUAAGAAUAGCAGAACGCUUUUUGACAUACGUAUCCGCGACAAGUCUCUGACGUUCCUCUUCGGAAUGAGAGUCUUACUAAGCCUUUGGGUUGUAUACGCACACGGCUUCCUACUGAGCAAGUAUGAUAACGUGGAUCCCGGCUUCUCGUUAUACGAGAUUCAGACUCGACUAUCCCACAAUCUCGGGCUCGGAAGUUCAUAUUUGAGCGUAUCGUCGUUCUUCUUCAUAACGGGUUUUUUGAUCGGGUAUUCGAUCCUCCGCAAAGCUACGAGAAUUCAAAAGAAGAAUCUUCCGUUUUACUGCUUGCGGCAAUAUGUUCGACGAUAUCUGAGACUCACGGUGCCACUGGCUGUAGUAUUGAUGUGCUUCCUAAUGUCCGAUCUCGUCACCUACGGAGCUGCGGACAAUAAAGCCGAUUUCUACAAAAGAGAAUUCGACUCGUGUGUUUCGCAUUGGCCGAGCAUACUCCUACAUUACAUGAACUUCCUGCCUUGGAAAAAUCACUGCCUAGAGGAAACAUGGUACGUCGCCACCGAGAUGCAGAUUUACGUCUUCGCACUGCCGUUGACAUUGGUGCUCCUCAAAUCCAGGAGAGCUUUUUUGUCGAUAACCCUAUUGGUCGUCCUGUCAUCGACCGCGUACACAAUGUACGCUACAUGGAUCGAUGAUCUUCAUCCCGCCUUGUCUUUUGGUUUCCCAAGUCUCAAUAAAAUACUGCGAACUGCCGAAAUUAUUUACCACAAGCCGUGGAGCCACGCUCCAACCUACGUAAUGGGCAUCCUAUGCGCUUACUGCGUUGUCCAUCACGGCAAACUGCGCCUGAGUUUGGUCUCUCAAGCGAUCUUAUGGUGGUUCUCGAUAAUGCUGACGAUUUCACUCAUUCUAAUCAACACCGUGUGGAACGGUGCCGAGGACGACAGCAGCAUCGCACAUCGACGAGCUCUCUACGCGUUCUACGGCUCCUCGUAUCGGACGCUAUGGGCGAUUGCGAAGUUCUGGAUGGUUUAUGCUUUGGCUACCGGUCGAGGAGGCAUUCUGUUCCGCUUCUACAGUUGGCAAGGAUUCCACGUACUGAGCAAACUGUCAUACGGGAUUUUCCUCUGCCAUUAUCCGAUCCUCCUGAUAAGGAUCGGAAGAGUGAGCACACCCUACCAAUUGGAUCUCUUCAUCCUGAUACGCGACGGUCUGGGUCGUUGGGUGCUGGCGAUCGCCGCUGCUACGAUUCUCCAUCUCUUCUACGAAUUGCCGGCGGUGAAUCUGGAGAGAUUCUUCGGGAGACGGAAUUCCGGUGCCAGGCCCGUGAACGGACACAGCCACAAGAAAAUGGAAUCAUCAUCCGCGCCAGAAAAACCUCUACAGGUCAUGGUCGUUAAGACCCCAGACGAAUCGAAAUUGUGA